AGUCACUUCCUUUGUUUCAGUUGUCAAGAAAACUGCAUAGAAAAUUGUCUGCUUGCAACAAUGGGGUACAGGCAGCUUAUUGUUUUUGGCUUUGUGUUUGCAUGUGUCAGCCUUAGUGAUGCUCGAUUUGUCGGUAUGAGAGUGCCAACCUACUGGGGGGUCGAGGUGCAGAAGCCUGCAGAGGUGGAAGCCGAGCCAGCAGCAGUACCUGAGAGAGGCCACUCCAGGGAGUCUGCUCAGAAAGCUGCCAGGCUUCAGGCAAAGCAGAUCCAAGCAGCAACUGAACCACUCUCCUGGAAGUUUCCCGAAGAUCCAGUGGAUACAGUGAUCAAGACUCCUGUCAAGUUUGAACUGCGGCAGCCGGCAACGACCAACCGUGUUGCUGUGAGGUGUGGGGAAAGUAGGAUCCAGGUUGAAGUGAACCAGGACCUGUUGGGCCUUGGCAAGCUGAUAAAGCCAGAGGAAAUUACACUUGGUGGUUGUUCAACCACUGAGAUCGACAGCUUGACUCAUGUGAUGAUCUUUGAAAGUGAACUACACCGCUGUGGCAGCACACUUGUGUUGACAGAGAGUGCUUUCAUUUAUGCCUUCACACUGGUCUACAAUCCCAAAGUGUCUGGCAGAAGUCCCAUCAUAAGGAGCCAGAGUGUGGUCAUUGGAGUGGAGUGCCACUACCCAAGUUUGAUUUUCAGGAAGCGCAUUGUGAGCAACAGUCCUCUAUAUCCUGCCUGGAUGCCCUACAAAGAUACCAAGGUGGCUGAGGAGAGGCUGUUUUUCUCUCUGCGUCUCAUGACUGAUGAUUGGAAGUUUGAGCGAUCCUUCAGCAAGUACAGCCACAGAGAUGUCAUCAACAUGCAGGCAUCAGUUAUGCAGCACUAUCACACCCCACUCAGAGUGUUGGUAGACAGCUGUGUGGCUACCAUGAGGCCAGACUCCGCUUCUGAACCAAGACGUGCUUUCGUACGAAACCAUGGGUGUCUGGGGGAUCGACAUAGUCCCAGGUCCAUGUUCAUGCCCCAGUCUCAACCUGAUAAGCUCCAGUUUCAGGUGGAGGCCCUCAGUUUUCAGCUGUUGAAGACGAUAUAUAUCACUUGCCAACUGAAGGCCAUCCCAACUUCAUCCUUGGUUACCAUUGAGCACAAAUUAUGCUACUUCGACAAGAGUAGGUGGAGGGCAGUCGGUGGUAAGGACGACUUCUGUGCUUGCUGUGAAUCAAGUUGCGGAAUGAGGAAGGUCCGACAUCUGGAUGGGGAUGCAGAGGAGCAGUGGCGAGCUGAAGUGACCCUGGGUCCCAUUGUUAUUGAUUAAGAGCUUUUACAUUUUUUUGUGAAACAAUAAAGGUGUUUUUUUUAAAACAA